UUUUAAAAAGAAAUUUUAUCACUGGGCGACAGCGACAGAAGAACGUAGGUACAUACAUCCUACCUACUUUGUACUUAUUAAAUCGGUGUCUCCAAGGAAAUAAUAUUGAUAAUUUUUGAAACUCCAAGAAAUGUAAAAGGAAAGGUUUCGUGCGAUUUUCUGAUGCUGAGUUGUUACAUUUUCGAGUCUAUAGCAACACAGAAAAAAUGAUAACUAUCAGUGCAAUCAUAAAUAUUUGUCUUGGUGGCAAUGGAUGCUAAAGAUUUGAGAACUGAAGCUGCCCUUGGUGAACGCAGUAGCGAUGGCACAAGCAAAUACACCCACAUUGGAACUGCGCUUCCGUGCAGCAGCAUCAAAAAUUUUCCAGAAAUAUCUUCGAAUCCUUUGGCGAAGGUGGAGACACCGACGUCGAGGCCGUGUGCUGUCAUAGGCCCUGACAGAGUAUUACCGCCGCUAACAAACACUGAUGCUUAUUUGAGAAAGGGCCAUUAUGAGCCAUGGCCACCAGCAGAAAGUAUGUUUCGUCAUCCACCUGAAUAUCCUCACAAAACCUAUCAGAGCCCUAUAAGAAAUAUUUCACCAAGACAAACAUUCCAAGAAAAUAUGCAACGCAUAAUGGUGGCUCCUACAUACAAUUCUGUUAAAACUAAUGAAGAUACAAAUUUAGUAUUAGAUAGAAAUGCAUCAUUACCUAAAAACAACAAGCUAAGUGGAGCUCCUGAAACCAAAUACUGUGAUGUGCCUUAUUCUAUUAAUCACCUAAGUGACACUCAAAAAAAUACAGAAAUGUGUGUUUCAAAUGUAAACAAUGUUAGAAAUUGCCCUCCCAUAUGGCAUCCCAGUGGAAUAAACAUAAGGCCAACUAGACCUUAUGGUGCACCGGAAUUAUCCCAAUUUCCUGAAUAUGCUAACUGUGCUGUUUCAAGACCGAUGACAAUGCCAAGACCUCCACGCACCAUGAAUGAAGAAAAUGGUCAUCUCUUCUCGGAAAGCUUCUAUCAUCAUGGAAAUAUCAGGUUUAAGCCAUAUCCUAAUGUUAAGGACAGAUAUGCUCAAGCCAGGUAUGAAUAUAUAAAUAAUUACCCAAACCCAUUCCAUCCACCUCCUCCUUUCCCUCGUAGUAAAUAUGAUUUGCAAAAGCCAGUACCUUCCCAUACAUCAUAUCCUCAAGUUCCUAUAAAAUAUUUGGAAAAUAGAAUAAGUGAUUCUGUUAUUGAUGGUUACCAAAGAUCUAACCAACAAAUUAAUUAUAAUGCUCCAUACCAAAAUCAAAUGAUACAUCCAGCAUAUGGGCCUGUGCUACCAAAUACUAUACAAAAUAAAUUUUAUCCAUAUCCACAAGAUAAAACAAUGCCUGCAAACAAACUACCUUAUGAAAAUAAUAAACUUUAUGUUGACUAUGAUAAUUCUCAAACUAAAAACUAUCCUAUCCCUGAAAACUUUUAUAUGAAUGAGACCAGACCACAUGUUAAAAGUCAAGUUAUAAUCCCUAAUUACCCUAUGAAUAUGCAGCAUGUACCACCGCAUCCAUAUUAUCGAAAAGAAAAUCAUUCAGCAAAGAGCUAUGACUAUAUUCCCCACUUCAGUAUUAAUACUAACAAUCAUAUAACUAGAAUGACACCUCAGUUUUCUCCCAAUUCAGUUGCUAUCUCACCAUCAGAUUCAAAUACUAGUAAUGAGACUGCACAUACUCAAUCCAAUUUAUUGGAAGAUUAUGGGUAUGUAAGUCAGUCUUCGAGUGCAAGUAUCAGAAGUGUUGAUUCUGGUAUUCAUAGAAUAAUGCAAAAUGAUAUUCAUAGAAGAUACAGCUAUGGCUAUCCAUCCAUGGUACAGACGCCUCCUUUCUUAAAUAAAAUGCAAUCUAACAUCAACUCUAAUAUUGGUCCUAAAGACAAAAAAGGGAUAGAUGUCAGGCAAUUUUUACAGAUGUGGAAUGAAGGAGAUGAUGAAAAUACCAUUCAUUCAAAUGAGGCUCAAAUAAAAUAUAAUUCUAGUUCAAAUAAAUCUUCAACUCAAUUUGAGAAUAAAACGCAAGAGGAACUCUAUGUUUUAGGACUAGUGAAUGUGCCAAGUGAGGAACUUGCUAAAUAUGAACACAUUCAAAAAGUUUCUAAACUACCUGAUAAUAUAAAAGGUUAUAAUAAUAUAGAGUUGUUAAAACAGUUUGAGGAAGCCAUUGAAUCUUCUAACUUGAAUAAUUUUAAUAUCAAUAAAACAUCUACGUCAAGGAACUUUCAAUCGCCAAAAAGUUCUAUGACUAGUAUACCAGCAAGACCUAUUUCGCCUUUAGAUGUGGAGGCGAAAAUAAGUCAGUCAGUGAUACAUAAAGAAGUCGGGUGCAAUUUUGAGAUAAAGCCAUGUAGUCCAGAAAUGAUGAACGUAGAAGUUGCUGCUCCUGUUAGAAAUAUAUUAGAAGAGCGAGUAAUUGAAAAAGUGUCAAACCCAUAUCAAUCACCUGCUUUGAGCAGUAUAUCUGAAAAUGGGAGAAAUUGUAAUGUACCUAAACAAGAUCAAGUAAUUAUGUUGAAUGAAAAUAAUAAAAUCCCCAGCUGUAAAUUAAUAAAUACUCAGUGCUCAAACAAUAAUGCUGUGAAUGUUGUAAGGGCAGACUACAGUUUACAAGACUUGGAAAGUAAUUCUGGUGUUUGUCUUGCAUCACUACCAAGACUUGAUAAUGAUAUUGAACUGAAUUUCCCUGAAGUAAAUCAACAAUUUAUUAAUGCUAAUAAAGAGACAGUAAUUACAUCAAAAGAGUCACAGAUAUGUUCUGAAUUAAACAAAUCUAAUUUAUCGACUCAUGCAAAACAUACUUCUGAUUUGGAUAUUAAAAUCUGUUCGCCUAGAGAAUCAGAGAAAGAGUUUUCAAAAUUAAGUAAGUAUAGGAAAAACAAAAAAAGUGAAUCUGAAGUUAAAGAACAACUCCUGGUAACCAAUUCACAAUUUUUACGUACUGAUAGUGUAAUAAUAAAAAAUCCAGAUAAUACAAAGUGCUUUGAAGAUAUUAAUAAAGAUAAAAUUCAAAAUAACCAAUUAAUUUUGAGUCCUUCAAAUGUAUUGCAUUGUGAAACAUUAAACGAAAGUGGAAACCAUGUUCAUGAACCAGAGAUUGAUACAGCAAUCGACUUUAGUGUAUCUAAAAGUGCGUCUGAAACAAACAGACAGAUAUUCACAGGAAAUGACAAUACCAACUCUAAUUCUUGUUAUUCUCAUAAUUUAUCUGAAACGAAAAAAAACGUAUUACAGUCAAAUGAACAUACUGUUGACUUUGAUUCUUAUAAUGUAACUCGUAAUACUUCUGAGAUUAUGGUGGACGACGUGACUCUUAACUUUUCAGAUCCGCACAACAAUAACAAAAGUCCCUUACAAUGCACUGAGGAAAUUAAGAAAAACAUCACCCCUCAAAUUUCAACUGAAGAUGUACAUGAAACUAAAGACAAUAUUCAAGAAGAAGAGCCUACUUUGGGGCCUGAAUUAUGUGAUUCCUCAAGCAUUCUAGGUAAAGAAAACGAAUGUGACAUCUCUUCUAAAAAUUAUUUCAAAAGAAAGCCCAUGAAAAAUUCAGAACACUUUACAGAUUUGUUAAAAAAUCCCAUUAAUUCAAGUUACAUUGAAAAAACCAAAACUAAAGGCACUAAUAUAAAUUCUGAAUCACCACCUACAAAACCAGAUUCUGGUCACGAUAGUGAUCUUAAUAAAAAAAAUGACACAAUUACAAAUGAUUUAAGUAUGAUUGAGCCUGAAACUGUUAGCCAAGAAAAUCCAAAACAUACAGUUAUGUCCAAUCCUUACAGCAACAAGAAUACAAAAAAUUCAAAUAACCAUAAUAUUGAAAGCAGAGCAGAAACCACAGUCGAAGGAUAUCACCCCAACACCCUAGAACAUUUUUCUGAUGAAUCAGCUAAUGUCAUGAGGGACAAGCCUUCUAAUAAUAUAACAAAUAUAGGUAAAAUUAAGAGUUGUAAUUUAAAGAAAGAGCUUUUUUCUCCAUGGAUUCAAAAGCUAAUAAUACAGAGUGGGAACAUUUUACUAAAAACUCAAUCUAUAGAAAAAAACAUUGCAGAUAUAAAUACAAAAAAUAUAAAUUCACCUGUAAUGGAUUAUUGUGUCUCAACUAUAUGCAGUGAAGAAAUAACAAACUCGGUGCUGAACACAAAUAUAUCAAAUAAUAUCACAGCAGUGUCGGAAAUUCCCGAGAAGCACGACCUAACUCCCCAUAUAGAAUCAAAAUAUGUAAAUGGAGAUAAAGAUACAUCUAUCAUUAAUGAAGAUGGAGCUGUCCAAUCAAUUAAUAUUCCGGUAGACGUACCUGAGGGUAACUAUUGUACAGACAUACAAAUCAAAAAUGAAAUAUUAAUACAUAAUAUUGAGAAAUGUACUGUAAUAUCAAACAACGAGGGCUUGGUGAAUAAAAAUAUAAUUAUACAUUCGACUCAACAAAAUGAAUCUAUUCCAAAGUCGAAUAUUUCUAAUGAAAAUCUUAGGGUGUCUAGUGAAGAUGAGGAGAUUGUGGAUAAUAUGGCAACAAAGAAUACCAUUGAACAAAGUAAAACGAAUUUAUCACAAUCUUCUUCAACACAGAAACAAUUAAAUACAGACAAUGGUAAAGAUAUAAAAGAUGUAAUCGAUCUUAUUAAUAUUGAGGACCUAAAAGAACCACUUAAUGAGUCUACGAAAGGUGGAGACGCCGAAGAUCAGAAAACAAUUGAAUAUUUCACUGAGCAACCCGAAAUAGUACGCCCACUUAAAACUGUUACAGACAAAACUACAAAUGAUUCUAAUAAAAACCUCGAAAAUGAAGAUAAUAAUUAUGAAGUCAGUCAAUCAUUAAAUGUUACCUGUGAAGAAUUUGAUAAUGUGUCUAUUAAGCAUUGUAAAUCUGAAAAUGGCGAAAACAUUAUAUCGGAGCAAAAUGAAGUAUUUCAACAGGAUGAUAACAUUGUCAAAAAGUAUGAAAAAGUAACGAAUGAUAGUACGGAUAGUGAAAACAAAAAUAUUAGUGCUAAAAAUAAGCUUACCGAAUCAUCAAAUUUUACAAUUGAUAGCGUCAAAAAUGCUUCUGAUAAAGAUUUUAACUUGAAAUAUGACAAAAAUAGGUUAUGUCUGCAGGAAAACAGUAAAACACUUGAAUCAUUUAAUAAUGUUUGCAAAAAACAAAAUAAUAUAAAUAAUAAUGCAUUUAUUGAAUCUGCAAACAAUACAACCGAAAGUGCUAAUAAUGAGUCUAAUGAAAAUUUUAAUGAUAAAGUUGACAAUAAUACUGAAUCUUUAUCAGAACAAAAGGAAUCUAUUGAAUUAUUAAACGUAAACAAAGAAAUACAUCUUAUUUCACAAAGUAAAGUUGAUCAACUAUCGAACAAUAUAACUGAGAAAACUGGAUGUAAUGACUGCAACGAUCCUAUAGAAACAAAUAUUAGCAGCACCAAUACAUCUCGAGGAGAUUUCGAGGAGAGCGCUAACAUAUUAUUUCGAUCGAAACAAAGUGAAGAAAUUGAAGCAUCAAUAAAUAUUACCGAAAAACGAAAAAAAAUAACUGAUAUAGAAUUUGGUAGUUUCACUUCACACAAUGAAGGUGAUUCACUACCGAAUAUUAUAACAGAGAAACGUGAAUCUAAUUAUUCUAAUGAGCAAUCUCAAGACGAUUACGAAGCUAAAGAUGAGAGUAAUGGUCUACGUUUUUUGGAACAUAGUGAAGUAAUUGAAUCACUAACAAAUUCUCCCGAAAAACAAAACAAUGUAUCAUUGAAAGAAUUCGAUAAUAAAUUUAAAGAUAAUCUCACUUCACCAUGUGAUAUUGAUUUACUAUCUCAUAGUAGAACUGAACUGAAAACUGAAAUAUUUUUUUCUGAACAAAAUAAAAAAUCGGAGGAAGGUACCGCCACAGAUGAAGUCGGCGAAGAAAAUGAAUCGCCCAAUAUAUUGACUGAUAAUAAUACGUGUCAUAAAAACGAAAAAGAAAGAAAUGUUUCUUUCACUAUUGAACGUGAAAUAAAUACGGUCGCAGAAAGUGAAGUCCAGGAAAAUAUAGAUAGUGCUUCAUUAGUUGAAACAGACAAUCGACGCAUUAUUGCCGAGCAAGAUAAUGUAUGCUUUAUACAAAAUAUUUGUGCAGAAGUUGAAUCUGAUCAUGUUGAUUCAUUUGAACAACGACGAAGAAACCUAAAGCGAUCUUUAUCUGACUCUGCUUUAGAUAUGAUAAAUCAUGAUAUAUCUGAUGAAUUUGGAAAUGGAGUUUCAACAUGGUCAAAGAGACGUAGGAAAAAUAGGGAAUAUCUUAAAUUUGGCCACCCAGAUUUUCUUUCUCAAAGCAUCUACGAUAGCCAAAAUAAUAGACGAAAUUCUGUAUCUUCACUUCACAACGAAGAUGAUCUAUCAUUUUGUAUAGUUAUUGAUGACGAUUAUGUUAUUACACAAGGUGAUGAAGAGAAAAUUUGUUUUGCUCAAAUUUCAGAAGAUCUCCCCAGCGCGGAAGAAGCUAAUAUAACUGAAGAUAUGACAUCCUCUACUGAAAUCUUAUUGUGCCCUCAAGAAGUUCCUGGUGAACUAUCUGAAUCGUUUGUGUUGGAGAUUUCGGAUGAGAAUGACAUCAAUAAAUCCUGGGUAGAUGAUAUAGGCUGCAUUGAAACAGUAGUUAGUGAUGAUGUAGCUGAAGAUGUCACCGUUAGUGCUUCGUCUUCUCCUAAAGAUGAAAAUGUCUCUGCUGAUGAUGAUGAGAUAGAUGUAUACAAUAGCACUUAUGAACAUACAGAUAAAGUUAAAUACAUAUAUGGAGAUAAAAUGUGUAAUGAUGAUGCUGAAUUUGUGGAAACUUUAUAUCGAACUCCCCAAAUGAAUGUUAAUAAAACCCUUUCAAAUAGAGAAUCUCACGCAUCGGAUGAAUACUAUGAAUUUGACGAAUAUAAUUAUUUAAAAAGUUGCUUUGAUUCAAGUUCCACCAGCAAAGAACUAAAUGACAAAUCUAGCUUAGCAAAUGAUAAUAUUGAGUCUUUUUGCAAUGAAGAUGACAUUCGACCGAAGAUGUUAGAGCAUCAUCUAUGCGAAAUUGAAAAUGAUAUAGAUACAGCUUUAGUACGUGUUGUGAAAACUCAAGACGAUACCGUUAACUCUUGCGAAUCAAGUAUUGAUAAUGUAUUUUUAUAUAAAGAAGGAAGAGAUCCUCUGAAUAUUGAAACACCUAGUUCGCCGGAGGUGUCAUCGACAACUUCAGAAGAAAAAAGUUCCUCGAUAUUAUUGAAAAUAACUAAUUACAAAGGAAUGAGGACGUCUCAACUUAACAAAACUAAUCUAGAAAACAGCAGUAAAAACUGUUGUAAAUUUACAGAAAACAUAAAUUACACAAACUUUAACAAUUCAUCAAAAUCAAGACCGUUAAUUACAAAAGGAGCUCAAAAAUAUAUUCCUCCACUUAAUGAAACCUUAGGUGAUCUUAAAGUGAAACUUCCUUUACCACAACAAAGUCUUUUAAAACUGAAACAAUUAAAAAUAGAAAGGACUGCACCAAAGCAAGUCAUAAGCCAAAGAAGAGAAAUUCCUAAGAAACCUAAACCAAGAUUCGAAGAUGUCCUCAAAAGUAUUGACGAAAUUCAAUUUAAAAUGCAUAAAGAAAAAAAUAAGAGAUCGAAGAAAUCUGUUCCUAAAGUUAUUAUUAAAAAAACCGAAAAUGGGUCGCACUAUGCUAGUGUGCCAAAUAAUACCUAUUUUAAUCCAGACUUGACUGGCAGGAAAUGGCAACCAUGGGUGUUUAUAGAAAAAAAUAGUUUCAUUGAUAAAAUGGCUAAUAGGAAAAAAACCAAAGCUAUAUAUAAUCAUAGAAAAAAUACAUAUGUGCUUGCUGACAAAUUUCAAAAGUAUAAAUCUGUGUCAAGUUCAAAGUUUAUUAUAACGCAGCCAAAAUUAGAUGAGUCUUCUAUGGGACAUCUAAAAUAUACUAUUAAGUUAAAACACAGUUAUUGAAGGUAGUUUGUUUGCAUCCUAAUAAUAAUGUACUUGGAUAGCUCUUAACUUUACUUAUAAUCCCACCCUUUUGUUUGGUCUCGAUAAAGCAUUCCUGCAUUUUCAGUAAGUAAUAUAGGUUUUUAUUGUUUAUGGUUACCCACGUUAGUUCACUAUCUAGUUAAUUAAAAGUAAGCCAAAUUUUAAAAUAAGUGUGAUAUAAAAAAAAAUUAGCAACAUUUGUGUUUAGUGCAAUUUGAUCUGAUGUUUUUGUUAUAUAUUACUGUUUCAAAUUUUAUAUCGUUUUUAACCAUUCCAUUUAUAAAGCAGCCUAUUGUUUAUAUUAUGUUAAAUUAUUUAGUUAUUGAGCACGUUUUAAGCACUUUGUUAACCAAUAAAAGUAUUAUAGGUAAUUUAUUUAUGAUAUGUAAUACUAUAAGAGUGCAUACUUGAGAAAAAAUACAACACUAUUACUACAGACUACAUACAUCCGCGAACUAUAUUACUAUUUUGUAUCUAUUAACAAAGUCUCCAACUGCAAAAUAAGACGGAAUACUAAAAAAAAUAGUCAUUUGAACCUGCAUUACAUUAAAGCACUACCUUAAAUUCCCAUUUUACUUGUUACGAGUAUGUAGAAUUGUAGAUUUAAUACUUGUCGCGAACUGGUAAAUCUUGUUAAAUAUAUACUGAAAUUCUAUUUAUUUAGGCGUAUGUUAAAAUAACCAUAUAAAAGUCAUAUCAACUCAGACAAGGAUCUUGAGGAAGAGGCGUAAAAAGAUAAAAUCCAAAAACUACUAUAGUGGUUCAUUUAGUCCCGAUCGCAUCAUUAGUCUUAGUCAAAAUAUGUACGUGCGCAUUUCACAUCUAUACUAAUAUUAUUAAGCUGAAGAGUUUUUUUUGCUUGGUUAAACGCGCUAAUCCCAGAACUACUUUUUUGUUGGAUAGUGCACUUAACGAGGAAGGCUAUAGGCUAUAUAACAUCACGCUACGACCUGUAGGAGCGGAGCAUCAAUGAAAAAUUUUGUGAAAACGGGAAAAAAAUAUUCCAUUAUAGCGCUUCCGUUGCGUGCGCUGUGGUUAUGGUUAAAGUUACACAAAAUUAUAUGAUGGAAUUGUUCCCCUUUAAAAGUUCUAGAAAAAUAGUCCGCGACAGCAUAUAUAUGUUCAUCUUUAAAGUUUGACUCACUAUAUCCUCUUUCCUCAAAUUAACCACAUUCAUCGACUGUUAGGCGACACGAAGUUCGCCGGGUUAUCUAGUAAAGACAUAUUUGCAAUAGCAUACUAAAAAUAUUUUUCCGGGUUAGGCUUGGCUUGGCUUGCCCUCUGUUAAUUAUUAUAAAAGCAAAGCUAAGAUCGAAGCUGAAAUAAACUAUACGACAAGUGCUGUCUACUAAGUUUUUAAAGCGAAUUAUUUAUAUUUUCAUAACUUCAGAAACCUAACUUAAAACGUUCACGUUCAACAGUUGCAUAGUUUUUAAAGCAGCGGUCCGAAAAGAGUCCUGCGUGUUAGGUGCAUAUUGAGAUUAUGAUUAAAAAAAUACGCCACUUCGCUAAUCCUUUCAAAUUCUUUUAUUAAACUACGCCAACUUUUAAACAUUUAAGUAACGACACCUAUAGUGCUUUUUGGUUUAUGUAAUCCAAUUCUGGGAUUGCCCACCUGUAGGCAUUGGCUAACUUCUUUGAUAUUAACAGUGUACAACUAAAAACAAAAUUACAUAUCCAUCGAUUCUUUUCAGAACAAGUAUCUUAGUGGCGUUAUAAUAAAGCAGUAGUGGAUCCACUUAUGAGCACGGUGAUUAUCACUUCCAUCUGUCAAAAGCAGUUAGCGAAAAGGCCUACUGGUUCCACACCAUUUUAAAGCCAUAACAUUUUUUUAGUUCAUUCAUUACAUUGGUCCAAAGUAGUCCAAACUUUUGAUAAAAUUAUUUGGGAGUAGUUUAUCAACAUUAGUUUGUUCUAGGUUGUUAGUGUUUGUAUGACCACAACCAUUGGUAAUGGUUAAAAUUGCUCACGUAACUGUAAGCACGUUGUUAUUGCGUAUAGAUCAGUUGGAGCAAAAUGAAUGUGCUUUAUAUGUAGUGUGAAGUACAAAAAAUGCACAGAAUAUUAGAGGUUUAUAUUAUAAUAUGCAUAAUGGAAGUAAUUAUUAAUCAUGUUAACACACAAGAUAAGUACUAUAAAAGUACAGUUCUUGUGCAUCAUGAUGUUUGCCGUUGCAGUAAAACGGGAAUAGGUAUAAUAAUGUACGUAGGUAGGUUAUAAAAUCAAAGCGUGAAAUAACCUAAGCCAAUACUCAAAAUAAUAAUAGCAAAGAAAUUUCACAUUUGAAGACAAACCAAUCUGAUAAACUAACAUCAAACUUUUUGCUUGCGAAGAAAUAACUAUUGACAGAUAUUUUAUCAUUACCUGGUUAAAUAAAUAAAAAAUAAACCCAUUUUAAACCUAUAAAAAUAACAGAUUUCUAUAAAAUUUUUUGCUCCCAGGUUUUUUUUCUAGAAAAUAUAAAAUUUGCCUUUUUAGUCAUAGACUAUGCCUUACAAAAAUUAUUGAGCUAAUUGUGCCUUUUGUAUUUAGCAAAACUUCCUAAAAGCACCAAAAAUAAACUAUUUCUUGAUCUCAGAUAUUGAUUCGCCAUUUCAUACAUUUGCCUGAUUGUGCCUAAACGAGGUUAAUGUUAUUGAGACAUACACUAUUUUUAUAUUGUGUACAGGGUGUUUAAAUAAAUUAAAUAUACCAAAUAUAUGCUUUUAAGUCCAAGUUGAUAUGUUAUAAUAAUAUGUUGCAAGUGUUGCCUUCAAUUUAGGAUUUAGAAUAAAUGCUACCUAUUUAAAUAUUGAUAAUAUAUGUAUAUAUAUGUUAAGAGGGUUGAACGAUAGUUGGACUGUUUAUUUAUUAAAGAUUUUAUUAUUAAUGUAAAAUAUUAGUUGUUAAGAAAAUGUUUAGAUAUUAAGUUGUGAUCCAACAUGGAUUAUAAAUGUACAAAGGGACGGGGCAUUCUUAUGAGAAAUGUUCAGCUAAAGGUUUUGAUAUUUUAUAGUUGAGGCUGAGUUUGUAAUUAGUUUUCGUCCAGACAUAUCAGCAUAAUAUACCUACAGCGUGGAUGUUGUUUUUUUACGGAUCUUAGUAACACACUAUGUUAAUAUUUUUGUUUGCCAUAGCCUUCAAAAGGUCGCCAAAGAGGUUAUUAUAACAUUGUUGAAAGAUAAUUUUAUUAAAAUAACUAAACUUAGGAGGUUUUAUCAGAAUAUAAUUACAAAAAUAAACCCAUUGUAUGGUAAUGUGUAAAUGAUUACUAGAUAAAAAAUAACAGUCGUUGAUACACACUGCACGAAUACGACUGAACUAAUUGUUUAAUAUUUUACUUUGUUGAUAGAUUUUGUCUUUGCAACACUAAUGUGUGAAUAGUUAUUUCAUUUUCAUGCACUUUGAUGGCCAUCUGUAAAUUUGUGAUUAAUUAUUUGUAUUGUGAUGGUAAUAUAUCACAUAAUAUUUAUGGGUUAUGGAUUUUGUUAUAUAUAUAUAAUAUAUAUUAAUUUAGAUAUAAGUGUUUAGAUUAUUUGUCGUUUACAUGUUAAAGCAUAUCUAUAUGCAGUAACGCACGCGAUGGUGUUCCCUAAUAGAUGUAAUAUAAAAAGGUAUGUACCUAUUCACUGUUUUAAACUGGGUGGUAUAUAAUAAGGAUAAAUAAACGGGGUCAUAUAUACCUAUGUAUUGGCGUGUGCUAUGUUUUGAGAAAUUUUUCUGAAUUGACCAAAUAUAUGUGUUCUGAAUAAAAAUGCAUUUUAUUGAAUAAGAAAACAAAUUUAUUA